CAUCAGGAACCGCAGCGUGGCUGAGGCAAACCAGCUGCAUGCGCGCGUUUGACGAAACUGGAAGUCAAGCCAACCGGAGCCUGUGGAAAAUGGUCGCAAGGUGCGAGAUUCCUACCGGGAUCCAAAAGUUCAGUCUCUGGUCUGGGGCCAUGCAUUUCCUCCGCUUCCCAUGACGACAUCAUGCGGGUCAGGACUUCAUGCUGUUGAAUUGCUGCAGACGCACCACCGUGGCGUGGUCCCACUGGAGCACUUUGAGGGCAAAGUCCACCCCGAUGGUGGCCCGGUAAUGCUGGGAGAACACCCGAUGCACGUAACGCUUGAUGAUGGAGGUCUUGCCCACCCCCAGGUCGCCGAUAACCAGCACUUUGAGGAGGCGCUGCUGCUGCGACGGCGGCGGCUGCAUGGCGAGCGUCCAAUGCCGGGUUGUCUCUAAUUAUGAGAGGCAUUCACUGCCAUACCAGGUUCCCACCCCCCGCAGACAACAAUACAGAACCGGUAUAACGACAGACGAUCAGAGUCAUGGAGGCCAUCUGGCUCUAUCAGUUCCGCCUCAUCGUGAUCGGCGACUCCACCGUGGGCAAGUCCUGCCUGAUCCGCCGCUUCACCGAGGGCCGCUUCGCUCAGGUGUCGGACCCCACGGUGGGCGUGGACUUCUUCUCCCGACUGGUGGAGAUCGAGCCGGGCAAGCGGAUCAAGCUGCAGAUUUGGGACACCGCCGGCCAGGAGCGAUUCAGGUCCAUCACUCGGGCCUACUACCGCAACUCUGUGGGCGGGCUGCUCCUGUUCGACAUCACCAAUCGCCGCUCCUUCCAGAACGUUCACGAGUGGCUGGAGGAGGCCAGAAGUCACGUGCAACCGCACAGCAUCGUCUUCCUGCUGGUGGGGCACAAGUGUGAUUUGGAAGCGCAGCGGCAGGUGAGCCGGCAGGAGGCCGAACGACUGGCGGGCGUGUACGGCAUGCGCUACAUCGAGACGUCGGCGCGCGACGCCAUCAACGUGGAACGCGCCUUCACCGAGCUGACCAAAGACAUCUUCACACUGGUGCGCUCCGGCGAUAUCACCAUCCAGGAGGGCUGGGAGGGCGUCAAGAGCGGCUUCGUCCCCAACGUAGUCCACUCCUCCGAGGAGGUGACCAAGAGCGACCGCCGCUGCCUCUGUUGACGCGGCCACGGACUCCGGCGGCACUAAAUGCUUAAAACAUCGUCACAAAAACAACAACAAAAAAACAUCCUAAUGGACUCCUCGCCGAGCCGGGAUGAAGACUUUUGUCAUUUAAGUUCACAAAAGAUGCAGUUUGAAAGUUCCUAUCGUCUCUGAAAUAAACCACUGGACACGUU